CUUUCUCGUUGAUCUUUUGAUAUUUUAUUCGUACAUAUCGUCGCUGUUAUUUGGGAUCGUCGCCAAAUAAACGCGUCAUCAAAGGGCGACUAUGUUCAGCCGUAAACAUCAGGCAGGGAGUCGGAAAGGCAUGGAAAAAUAUUCCAGAAAUUUAAACCAUUUUUAAAGAUUUAUCUUGAUCGCACGGAGUUAUAUUUUACAUGUCCGUUGCUCAUGUUCAGCGUAUUGUUCUCACGCCAUAAAGCAUGCAUUAAUUAUCUACAACCCGCUAAAGGUUGAGCAUAUUAAAUCCUAUAUUUAGAGUUGUAGACAUUUAAGACGCUCGCGACAUUCAGAUGGCUGUUAAACGAGCCUAAUUGAAUGCAACAUGUAGUUAGUAUGCAGGAUUACAGUGUGAUGAGGGAGAUCAUUUUGUAGCUGCUUUCGGGGCAUUCUGGGGAAAGAAAGAUGGUGCUGUCUUUGCUGAAGAUGUGCGCUCGGGAGGUGGUGAGCGACCACAGCUCUUCGCAGUAUUGGUUGAGUUGUGUGCCGCGGGAGCUCUACCGAGCGUUGCUGGAAGCCGCCUUCACCCACUGCCGUCCUCUGGCCGUCGGUGUACUCGUCCAGCGGUGGCCCGAGAGAAAACUGACCGUUGGAGGCAGCAGAAAAGCGGGCGAGUGCCCUCCGAACCGCCUCUGCGUUCAGGCUCUGCUGCUGGCUGUUAUCAGGGGACUGACGGACAAGAGGUGUUGCCUGCAGAUGCUGGAUCUCAGUGGACUUCAGUGUGAGGAUGGGAGAGUUGAGGACUCGAUGGGUGGAUGGUCCCUCAGCGUUGCCCUUUGCUCAAUGGUGCUACAAGCUCGAUCUGCUGCCUCCAGGGCUCACAGGAGAGAUGGAGAAAGAGAGAGAAAAAGAGGACUGGAAGCAGAACGUGACCGGGGCACCAUCAAGCGAGACCGGGGCAAGGUAGGGUGCGGGAAUAGUGGUGAAGGGAGUCAGGGAGGACACAGAGUGGAAGAAGUAGAGAAGAUGGAGUGCAGAACUAAUGAACGGAUGUUUCCAGGAGAUGAGUCAGUAAAGGGUGUCAGGAGGAGGAUGGAGAUCCAGAGAAGAAAGACUUUAUCUGAGGGGAAAUCAAACACCAGCAGUAAUAACAGUCGUUUAUGCGACCAAGACUGGGAUGAGGUAGUUAUGGUCCAUGUCAGGGCUGACCUUUUUGUCAAUUCCCGUUCCUGGGAGCGUGUCCGUGAUGCCCUUAGUCAACCGGGCCCACUGCGGCUCCACUGCCGCUACCUCCGUGUGGAGGAACUCUCAGCGCCCUCCAUAGCUUCCUUGUUGGGUCUCUUGCCUCAGCAGGAUCUCCUCGGUGUGGACAUCCGCUACUCCAGCCUUGGGGUGUCAGGCCUGGCUAUGCUGCUUCCACUUUUAGCUCCCUUUCCUCAGCUGCACUCUCUGAGACUGCAUUACUGUAACUUGGAUUUACAGCGCGCACAGCCUGGCCAGCAGGGGGCACUUCAGGACAUGUCUAAAGGACUGAGUUCACUAAAGAGACUAAAGAGAUUAUGCCUGACUGCACUCCGACUGCCAGGACACCUGCGCUUGCUGCUCAGCUCUCUUUCCCAGCCUCUGGAGGUGCUAGAGCUGCCAUACCUGUGCCUGACCUCCACUGACCUGGCCUACCUCUCCUGCAGCCAGCAUGCUCCAUUCCUGAGAGAACUUGACCUGAGUGAGAACUGGCUUGAUGAAUCGUCCCUGCCCUCUCUGCGCCGUCUCUUAGCUCAAGCCGAAAGCUCUCUGCGCCAGCUUUCACUUUGUGGUUGUGGCCUCUCAGACACUCUCCUGGGUGCUCUUCUUCCCUCCCUGUCUUGCUGUCAGGCUUUACGUAGCUUAAGAUUGGCCUUAAACCCGCUCUCUAUAACGGGACUGCUUUCCCUGGCCCGUACAGCGGCAGGAAUCCCUUCUCUUCGUCUGCUGCUCUAUCCCAACCCACUGGAAGAAUAUGAGCCUGGGCUGCCGGCUCUCCCCUCCAGUGCUCAGCUGCUGGAUUGGCCUCUGCUAGAGGAGUCUGAGGGCAGGGACAUGAUGCUGAGGUUGCUAGAUGAGGUUCUGAAAUUGAGAGGACAAUCCCGGGACCUUCUUGUGACCUCCGACCUUCUAAACUAUAGCCCAGACUUGACUGUGGAUGAUUAGGGGGUGAAUGUCCCAAAGCUCACUCUCUUAUAAUGUGUGACAAUCAAAACUAUGCUUAAACUAGUAUCUUCAGAUUAUGUUUUAACCACUCAUGGGAAAUUACUUGUGGUUGCCAAGCUUUUUCAGUAAUAGCAAACCUUACAC